ACUCGCUCAACCGACUCCUUAUCCCCGCGUCACCAGCUCUUUUGACCAUGUGGUAAUUAAUCAAUAUGUUGCAGACGGCUGCCACGAGAGAACCAAGAGAGCCAAGUUGCGCCCCUCCCGGAUCAAGCUUCGCCCAGCAGGCUUGGUCUGCCUUGGUCUCUCUGAGUCUCCAAGAAAUGGACUCUGACCACGUUCGUCCAAUUCCACCUGCCCUGGGGCCCUCAAUACAGACUUAGGCAAGGCGGGAAGACAUCCGAUCUUGCCUAUCCAGGCCCACUAGACAAUCAUCUACUCUCCAAUGACCGAUGCAUCCCGGGUUACUGUUCCCAAUUGAAUGCAUCACGACUCACUCCGAGCCGCUCGCAGGAGCUCCUAAGCCCCUGGACGGAAAUUAAGCAGUUUGGAAGGAAGUGGAAAGAGGAGGGGCUAAGCGCAACCAUCUCAUGAUAGUUUAACCUUGAACGGGAGAUCGAAACAGUAUGUGAGAGUCUAUAUAAUGUGUCCGAGGCCAUCCGCACACUUUUGGCUUUCGUCUCCUCAUCCCAAGCCACUCGCGACAUUCUUUUCCGGCACUCCAAUUCAUUCUUUUUAUGUUCAGACCCGUCUGAUCAUCUUUACACACUCUUUUCUCUCAUCCGUUCUUUAUCGACUUGACGUCCGAAGAUAUACAUCAUCACCACCAUGUUGACCAAGGUUUCUGCCCUCACGGCCCUCGUGGCCGCUGUUCGCGCGCAGCAGGUCUGCACGCUCAACGCGGAGACCAAGCCUGCGCUUACCUGGUCCAACUGCGCGGCCGGCGGUGCCUGCACCAAGGUCGACGGAUCCGUUACCGUAGAUGCGAACUGGCGCUGGACUCACAAGACCGACGGCAGCACCAACUGCUACACGGGUAACAAGUGGGACACCUCCAUCUGUACCACCGGCGAGGACUGUGCCUCCAAGUGCUGCUUGGACGGAGCCGACUACUCCGGCACCUACGGCGCCACCACCAGCGGCGAUGCCCUCAACCUCAAAUUUGUCCAGCAGGGCCCCUACAGCAAGAACAUUGGUUCUCGCAUGUUCCUCAUGGACGGGACAGAUAAGUACCAGAUGUUCAAGCUCUUAGGCCAGGAGUUCACCUUUGACGUCGAUGUCUCCAACCUUGGUUGCGGUCUGAACGGCGCCUUGUACUUCGUCUCCAUGGACGCCGAUGGUGGCAUGUCCAAGUUCCCUACCAACAAGGCCGGUGCCUCCCACGGAACUGGCUACUGCGACAGUCAGUGCCCCCGCGAUCUCAAGUUCAUCGAUGGCAAGGCCAACGUCGAGGGCUGGGUGCCUUCCUCCAACGAUGCCAACGCCGGCGUCGGAAACAUGGGCUCGUGCUGCUCCGAGAUGGACAUUUGGGAGGCCAACUCCGUCUCCACCGCCUACACCCCUCACCCCUGCGAGACGGUCGGCCAGCUGAGCUGCAACGGCGACGCCUGCGGAGGCACCUACAGCUCUACCCGGUACGCCGGCCAGUGCGACCCCGACGGAUGCGACUUCAACAGCUACCGCCAGGGCAACACCACCUUCUACGGCAAGGGCUCCCAGUUCGCCAUCGACACCUCCAAGAAGAUCACCGUCGUCACGCAGUUCGUCGAGACCGGCGGCGCCCUCACCGAUAUCAAGCGCUUCUACGUCCAGGACGGCAAGGUCUUUGCCAACUCCAAGUCCGACAUCACCGGCGUCGAGGGCAACUCCAUCACCACGGACUACUGCACCGCCCAGAAGAAGGCUUUCGGUGAUGAGGACGUCUUUGCGCAGAAGGGCGGUCUUGCGCAGAUGGGCAAGGCUCUCUCCGAGGGUAUGGUUCUCGUCAUGUCUGUCUGGGAUGACCACCACUCCAACAUGCUCUGGCUGGACUCCACCUACCCUACCAACGAGACCGGCCCCGGCACCGCUCGCGGCACUUGCGGCACCGACUCAGGCGUUCCCGCCGAUGUCGAGUCCCAGGCCCCCAACUCCAACGUCAUCUUCUCCAACAUCAAGGUCGGCCCCAUCGGCUCUACCUUCAACAGCGCCGGAACUGCCUAAGUUGUUGAGACUUGACAUCCGCGGCCGCCGUCACUCCUACCACAACUUCAUUUUCCACAUGGUUGCGAAGUGAACAUUGGUCGCAUAUAUCG